GGAACAAUUCGCCGUCACUAGCGAUGGUGGGUUCCAACAACAUUCCUGGCUGUUAAUUAUGUGCCAAAAACAUCGACUCUUACGCUAUCAAAAUGUAAAAAUCUAAAAAGCAGCGCGUGAUGACUUUAGUGCAUUGACUUGAGAAGGCCUUUGAUCCAGCAUGGCUUCUGGAGCGUUGAAGAUGAAGGGGCUACUCCAGUGGUGUAAGAAACACACUGAGGGGUACCCAGGAGUAGAGGUGACUAACUUCACAUCAGCUUGGAAAGAUGGACUGGCAUUCUGUGCCAUCAUUCACAAGUUCAGACCAGAUCUGAUAGACUUCAAUUCCCUCUCCAAAGAAAAUGUUCUCGAGAAUAAUGCUUUGGCAUUCCGGCUUGCUGAGCAAGAACUCGGUAUUCCAGCCCUUCUGGAUGCAGAGGAUAUGGUUGCUAUGAGGGUGCCAGAUAAACUCUGUAUUGUGACUUAUGUAUCACAGUACUAUAAUCAUCUAAGGGAUAAAAAUCCAGAGGGCGGACCUGGUGUACAGAAGGCUGUCAAACGACCCGGAGCGACCUCGCCCACAUCUGCACCUGAAAGUAAACGAAUAUCCAAGGCACCUCAAACACAAACACCAGAGAAGAGCAAUGGAUUACCAUCAACUUCAAAACGUGGAACAUUGGGUGAUACAUGUACAGAAUGUAAGAAAAAGGUCUACCUACUCGAGCGCCACAUAUUGGAGGGAAAACUGUACCACAGACAGUGUUAUCGGCAAAGUGAAAAAGGGCGUGAAAAUUUCACGUCAAGGCCACUUAGUCCAACUUCACCAACAAAAUCAUUCGGGCCAGGUCUGAGUCCCCAGAAUACAAAUCAAUCAUCACCAUUUCGACAACGACAAAAUGUUCCUGAUGAGAAAUUGGACUCUCCUCAAAGGGUGGCAUCGCGGCCAAAGAUACCGGAUUCUCUCCAAGAUAAAAGUGGUGAAACAAAAUCUAAGGGGACUAAUAAUAACAGGCCUGUUUCAAAACAGCAGCAGGGUGCGAGAACAGAGUCUCCUAUGGACACGAAUGAGAAUGAUUCUAGUGAACCAGCCUGGAUGAGAUGGGUCGAUAAAUCAGCUGUGCCUGAAAAGAAAAGUCCUGAAAAGAGAGAGACCAAGUCGACUGGAAAAACUGGAGCUAUCUCUAAUGGUGCUAUGAAAGACAAUUCCCCUGAUAGCUCGGGAAAAGCAGAGUCUGAGUUUAAUGUUCAGUUCGGGAAGAAGCAAAGUCCAAGCUCAACGCCUAGGACAGAUAAGCAAUGGGGUAAAAAGACUGAUAAUACUGGGGAUAGUGGUGCUACUUCGAAGCCAGCCUGGGCCCAGUCCGACCCCAAGGCUGGUCUCAGAUCUGUGGCAGAUAGUACUCGUUCGUCAUCACCUAAAACUAGACCUAAAACUGAUGUGAAAGAUAACAUUUUGGAUGUGAGGAAGGACACCCCUGGAACAACACUCGCGUCUUCUACUAGUUCAACCAACAUUCAAUUAGGAAACACUAACCAAGAAAAAGAAGCUGCAAAGGCCGGUUUAUUAAAAUCUUUGGCAGGAAUUCGUGGUCUUGGUGAAGGUGCCAGCACCACACCUGCUGCAGACAAAAACACACCAGGGAAAUUCACAAUACGAACGAAUGACACUGCAACGCCAUCUACGCUAAACAUGCGGGGUAAAUCUCCUGCUCGUCAGGAUCGGUCACCAGGGUCCUCUACUGGCAAUGUGAACAAACUAACCACACCGCUGGGUGAAACAAAACCUAAUGAUAAACAAGAGUCUCCUGUACUGUCUAAGCCAAAAAGAGAUGUGUCACCGGGUAUUUCAAAAUUGAAAUCGCCCGAUCAGACAAAAAGAGACCCAUCGCCAGGUACUUCCAAAUUUAAAUCUCCAGAAAAUACAGCCAAUGCCCUACCUACUGGUAGUCCAUCGAAGAUGGCCCCCAGCAAAGAUAAAGUUCCAACCGCUAGUAUUACAAAACCUGUGGGUGAUAGUGUUUUGACCACCAGUAUUACAAAACCUCAUGGAGAUAAAGUUUCAAUAACUGGUAUUGUAAAGAAAGAUUCACCUGAUAAAAAAUCAUCUCCAAAAACCAGGAGACCUCGGUCUCCACAAAAGACUGAGAGAGGGGCAAAAUCCGCAGUAUCUUUAAAAGAUGUGACAGAAUCAGAUACUGUUAAAACCUCUAUCAGUAUCAGUGUUGAUCUGAAGCCUGCUGCUACUGGUCAAGCAAGUAAAAAAUUUGAAACUGUGACAGUAGAUGUCAAGAUCCCGGCAGAUUCCUCCCCAUCAAGACCACUCAGUGUCAUUCCUGGUGGAGAUCCCCCUCCCAAGCCUCCAAGGACCUUACUUCGGGAUGCAAAGCUUGACAAUCGUCCUGAAUGGCAGAUUGAAGCAGAGAAGCGGACAAAUGCCCGAAAGGGUGGUUAUAAAGACCCGGAAAAACCGUGGUUGUACAAAGACACUGACUCUCCUCCUAAAAUGACUACAGAUGCAAAACGAACCUCUGACUACCCUGAUGAUAAGAACCCAUUCGGAGCAGAUGACGUUGACCAGAGCCCGGUUAAGGAAAAGAAAUAUAGAUCAAAUAAUCCAUUUGGCAGCACUGAUACUCUUGAUCAGAGUCCAUUGGAGGAACGCCAGAAAUACAAACCGGCUAAUCCAUUUGCUGGGAGUAGUGACUCCGAGGAAGACAUCGAGAAUCCUUUUGAGGGAGAUGACUUACCGAUCAAGACAAGCACCCUGCGACCAGAUGAAACAAAGAAGUCGGGUAUUGCUGGUGCUCCGGAACCCACUCAAAAACAUGCAUGGUUGGAGGACAAGAAACCUGAAGAAGUAAGAAAGAGGGCUGCGCCUAGGCUACCAGGGCCAGCUGUUACUAACCAAAGUCCGAGCAAACAAAACACAAAACAGAACAAUUUAACACCAAAUUUGACGCCUCCAGUGCGUCCUGCCAGGCCGAUGUCUGAAGGAAAUACAGCUCGGACUGCUUCUCCGAGCAGAUUAAAGGGCAAGGCACCAAGGCCACCUGGACCUCUGGGUACUCCAGGUAGCACGCCCCAAGGAUCUCCUGUCAAGACCAACAUUCACUUAUCCCCAGCAAGACAUGUUCCAAAGGUUGAACCUCCAAAGCCAGAAUGGGUUGGGUCUCCGAUGAAGAAUCUGAGGAAGAUUACGCCAGAUAAGAUUGAGUUCAACCGAAUGUCGAGUACCGAGAUUGAGAGUGACUCGAGUGGUCUCCCGGAUUCACCAGAGAUCGAGCAUCGACGAGCGAUGAAGUCACCAUCAGUCAGGAGGUCAGUCAAGAGUAUGCCAGCACCUCCUCAUCCUGUGCCAGCGUCACGGAGAAAGAUCAUCACAGAAGAGCGUAUAUCCCCUGAUCAGAUCAUCAGAGAGCUGGAUGAUCUCGAUCAGAAGCAGACGGAGAUUGAGAAAAAGGCCAGGAUUCUGGAGGAAACGAUUAGGGACGCCGAGAUAAAUGAAUCCCCAAACGAAGAUGAAUUACUGCAACAGUGGUUUGAGUUGGUCAACGACAAGAACCAGCUGGUCAGGCGGGAGGCGGAUUUAGUUUACAUUGAUCGUCAGCAAGAGUUGGAAGAAAUGCAUGCUGAGAUUGAGCACGAACUCAGACAUCUGAUGAGUAAACAAGAACAACUGAAGACCUCAUCUGACCGUGCCAGAGAAGAGGAACUGUUACAAGAGUUGUUGGAAGUUGUCAACAAGAGGAAUUACAUUGUCGAAAACAUGGAUGAGGAUAGACUGCGCUAUGAAGAAGAAGACAGAGUAAUUGAGGAGAUGAUGGCUUCGAAAUUUGAUGGAAAAGCCAAUUCCUCUGAUGAGAAAAUCAAACAAAAGAAGAAAAAAGAUAAGAAGAAGAAGAAGCAUAAAGGAAGUGAGUUCUCCUGUGUGGCUGCACGGGACUAGGACUUGACUGAAAGUUUCUAUGUGAUGUAUCAUUUGUUGUUGUGAGUGACCAGUACAAUGACAUUCCUAGCUUCUGACAGUAUAACCAAGUCAUAUUGGGCUUCGGAGUCAAAUACUCUUAUAGACUGUUAAUUUAGGAGUAUUUGAUGAUGUUGUACCUUUUCUGCCGGUGUUGUGCAAGGAAGGGAUAUCUCAUCUCAUUGGUAGUUUCAGUUGUGAUGCUGUAAGAAUAGAUGGUCCAUCUAUAUUGUGAUCAUUGUUGUCUGUAACAAAAACUUAAAUGUAGGUCAUCGUCCAUCAUCAUCAUUGUUAAAGUAAUCUUUGUCAAUAUUUUGUAUAAGGGGUAGAGAUCAACUGCUGACCGUUGGUGGACUUUGUGGUUGUGAAGUUGUAAAUUCAACAAUCUGGCUCAUAGAUAAAGACGUGUAUCUAUUCUUGUUCUUGAUAUUACAUAUACACCUACACCUGUGAGACAGAUUAGCAGUUUUGUGUUGAAAAACCUUUGUGUCAAUUCAAGCCAUGUAUAUAUAUAUGAAGACUGGGUUCAGAUUUGGCCGACUCUUCUUUGAUUGGUACUGGUACACACGUAUCACAAUAAGUCCAUCACAUCAUUACACUACAGGAUAUUAUUUGUACAUACAUGUAUUAGUAUGUUUGUGGCUACUUAUUUGUAUAUUUGAUAUUCUGAAUGUACGAUAUUUUAAUGGCUCUGGUUAUUUAUAUUAAAUACGUAACCAACCUGGCUCAGUUCUUCAGUAUAUUUCAUUCCUGCCACAUGGUAAGUCAGUGCUUCAUAUUUUGUGAUUCUAGGUUAAUUCUAUAAUCUAAGCAUACAAGAAAUCCUUGCCAAGGCAUUUAUGCUUUCACUAUUGAUAAUAUAUUUUUCUGACUCCUGUUUUUCUGUUGACACCUGAGGCAGUUCCAGUUUUAUACACAUAUUUUUCUAUCUGUCUUAAAAUGUCUUUUCAGUUGAUUCAGAUAAAGUCAUGCGGUUGAUCUUAAUUUUUUGGGAAUGAAAAUUGGCAUAGAAAGUUUUAGCUGAAUUAGAUGUGUGAGCUAUGGCUAUAUCCUCAUGUGAAGUGUAUGUUACUUCUUGGGUGAGCAUAUUACGACCAAAUGCCAAAAUUCUAAACUGACCUUGUUGGGGUGCAUGCCUCCCCAGUCAUAAUUGUUAUAUGUGCCUUCAUCAUCGAGCACUUGGUAAUAUACAGGUACAUGUAACUACAUGUAUCUGUUAAAGGCCUCGUUCCUUUAUGAUCAUCGUUCACAUUUGUCCCACUGGUAAUUCAAAAUAACCAUGGCAGUGGUGUCGUAACCGGACAUGCGAGUGCAAUAAAAAUUGGCAUGUACAUAUACAUGUACUUGUAUUCUGUUUUUGUUUCAGUCUCCACAAUAUCAUUGUUGAAAUUUAUAAUCAAUUCGGAUUUACACUAAUGUAAAAUGUUGAACAAAAAAGCAUGUACAAUGUACUUGUACUUGUACAUGCGACUGUUUGAGAUUUUAUCAUCAAUAAUGUUUGCCCAAGUCAAGAGGGCAUUUUGCUUGAUAUUGUGAGUCCAUACAUACAUGUAAGCCUUACCAUAUGGUAUCAAAUUUAUGCACAAGGUUUCAAAUAAGCCUUGCAAAACAGUUGGAGUAUACCAAUAAAAACAGAAGAAAAUUUGAUAGAUAUAAUGCAUUGUAUUUAAUUUCUUUACAUAAUUGAUAUGACUUCCUGGCCCUUUGUACUUACUGGUAUAUUUUCUCUCAAGUAUUUCAUUUGUUUAUUACCAGGAGAGUAUAUUGUAGUAUGUAGUAUUAUUCUUUUACGACUCUUACUUGUCAUCAUUCCAUGCUUUUAUACAUGUAUUGUAUUAUAUACAUGAGCUGUGUGAUAGGCUUGCUUUGUCAGUCUGUUGACUGUGUUUUAAGAGAGACUAGGCAUGUGGUUUCAGUAUUAGGUCUUUCAUUGUAGCAAUGCGAAAAUGAAAGAAUGCCUGUCUUGCGCCAGACUAAUAAGGGAAGAGGGUCUGGCUGCGCGAGACUACUGUGAUAAAAAUGACCAUUGCAGAGACUCUGUGACGUAGGCAAAUACUUUUUACAAUUAAAAAUGCUAACGAAGGCAAUAAGGAAUCAUUAUUUAUUAACGUUUCCUGAGCUAGAUACCUUCUAAUUAUCACUUUACAUAAAUAUGUUGGCGUUAGGUCGCGUGCUUUCCUCGUGACAAUAUACAGCAAAAUAGUUACAACCCCAUAAUCGCGCUAAAAGUCCAUAAUGAGAUCACAGUGACGCGUUAUAAAUGUUUCGCCCGCUUUGCUAUUUUGCCGCUACGCGGCGCGUUGGGUCCUUGCGUCAAGAGGUUUCAGAAUUGAUUGUCACAGUUUGGGUAUAGAUUUACUCACCAGGGGUGAGGUAAAAAUAUGCCAUCAUCUCAUAAAACCAAGAAAUCUGUGCGGAACGAAACUAAUUUGGCUGAUCACUUAGUACGAUUGUGUAUAUGAUUGAAUGUCUGUGUUGUUCUAGUGUAUUGAUUCAUUUGUAAUAAAAUAUUGAUGGUGCAUAAUGCUUAAUGUUGCAAUCAAAUAAACUGAUAAAGUAAGUAC